AUGACUCUACUUGGCAAUGGUCAUGUUUUGCUACAUUCUCAAUCCGAUGUGUUUUUUAAUAUUCCAUAUUGGAUAAAAGACAAUUCUACUCCAAUUCCUGGAACUGCCACCAAAGUUGCUUUGGGAAUGUCCACAUUGACUGCUUCUCAAUUACAGAUCAAAAAUAUUCCCAAAAGUAUCACUCAUAAUAUUAUAGAUUUUCAACGAUUGGUAGACGGCCAUAUGACUGUUAUUCGAGAAAAAUCAGAAUUAAUACACAGCGAAUUGAUUAAAGGAAGAUCGCAAAAGGAAAUCUCAAAAGGAGUCGAUUUUAGCACUGCAGACGCUGCCAAGAUCGCAUUCGACGUUGUUCAUCCCACUCACUCACAGUUGUAUUGCACUUUUCUGUUUUUAUGCAAAAAUAACAUGCAGUUUGUUCCUGCAGAUACUUACAAAUUGUUGGAAUCAAGCAUGUUUCGUCUUCGUCCAAAAAAAGAGCACGAGCAAAUCAGUUGGAUCAUGAGUCAAGUUCGACAAACUAUUUCGGGAAAUGCCGACUCCCAUUUUACUGCUUUCCUCAAUAAAAGCAAAACCCUGAUCCAAUGGUUUCGCACUGGAUCAACUGCUCUCGUAGAACGUCCAUCCAUCAACUUUACUGCAGAAGACAAGAUCUUUAUCAACACGAUUCUUCAGUCGCUCUCAGUCGCUCAAAAUUUCCCUUCUUUUGAGCGUACAUUUUCUUGGGUGCAUGUUCUCAAGCGAAUUGCUCCAUUGUACUCGUUUUAUCCUGGUGAAGCAGAUGUGAUUCUUUUUCUCAAAGAAAUAGGUGUUCAUGCACCAUGGGAAAACAUAGCUUUGCAUCAAUCUACAAAUAUUGGCAGACCAUCGUUCAUGUUUGGAGAAGAAGGUGAUCUCGUCACUCAAAAAUCAGAUGCUCUUGGUAGAGAAUUGUGUGUAAAGCACAAUAUUGCUGUUGAAGAGAGCGUGUUUGAAAAUGCUGACACUGCAGUAAAUACAGAAUGGAGUGUUGCAGAUCGAUUUUCUACCCAAGUGAUUGCAUUUCCUUCUGCCAUGAAUCCCCUUUCAACCGAGUCUAAAUCCACUAAAGCAUUUUAUGAAAAUGACAUAAUGGCUUCGUCGCGUGUGGACUUUGGCCAACAGCCCGUUUAUAUUAUCGACUCUUCAACUGCAAAUGAGCUUGAUGAUGGUAUUUCUUUGGAAGAAACCCCUCAAGGCACAUGGAUUCAUAUUCAUAUUGCUGAUCCUACUGCAUACAUUCCUCCCAAUCACGAACUAUCGCUGUUGGCUCAGUUGCGUGGCAAUAGUUUGUAUCUUCCAGAGCGCCAUUUUCCAAUGAUGCCUGAUUACCUCAGUAGUAAACUUAUGGGCUUGGAUGUGUCGUCCUACUCUCUUACAUUCAGUGCUCGUUUAUCUACUAAUGGCGAAAUUAUUGACUACAAAGUUGCACCUGGCUAUAUUCGCAAGCCUGUUGUGACUCGUUAUGAUGAUGUGGACAAUGUGCUUGACUGGAGUCAGGUUUAUGGCAUGGACGCUCCCCGCGACUCGGUCUCUCCUUGGACACGUACUUUUUUAGACAAUCAUAUCUCUAAAAUGUCUGGAAAAGCAACUCCAGAUGCUAAUGACACAGCUUCUAUCAACAAGAUCAAGACUACUGCCCCAGUAGCCAACGUAUUGACUGAAAAUGAUGCAUCUAAUUUGAAGAAACUUCACCAGUUUGCAUUGCUGCAUCAAAAACAUCGAAUUUCUCAAGGCGCUUUUAUCCCUGAUCAGAUCAAUGCCUCAGUGCGAGUUGAACCACAUCCUUUACCAUUAAUAUAUGAUCCCAAAUCACCACUAGCUACACCAGAUGUAGUCAUGUCUGAACUAGAGCUUUCUCAUUUGUCGCCAUCACAUAUUCUUGUUUCUGAAAUGAUGAUUAUUGCUGGUCGUGUUGCUGCCAAAUUCUGCCAGGAUCACAAUAUUCCUGUUCCAUAUCGUGGACAAGCAUCUGUUUUUGACUCGCCAAAAAUACAAUCUGAAAACCAACUCAAGAAGCAUGAUACACAAAAGUAUAUUGAAACCAUGUUGAGCACACGCGAUCAAGAAACUGGCAUACUUCCAAUGAGUUCCAUGCUGGAAAUAAUCAGGUAUCUCCCGGCUGGUCAAUGGAGCACUAAACCAAUUUGCCACUCGUCUAUGGGUAUUCAUGGUAUAUGCCCAUUAACUAUGAGAUCCACUGCUGAUAGAAAUCUUGAAUCGUUUGGACAGCCACCGUCUUUGUCAAGUAUGACUGGAUAUGUAAAAGCAUCUAGCCCACUUCGUCGCUACAACGACAUUAUGGUUCAUUGGCAAAUCAAGUCAGUUUUUCUCCGCAAACAAAUGCACUCGGAUCCAUCAGCUAAAUUGUCUAAAAUAGAUACAACACCAUUUUCUCUCAAUCAAGUGACUCAAUUGAUACCCUUUUUGCAGCGAUCAACAUUAACUAUCAAUGACAUGUCCAAUAGAGCUGGAAGAUUUUGGAAAUUGGAGUGGGUUCGUCGUAGAGAAUUGAUGUCGCUUCAUGGUGAUGCUUACGAUCCAAACCUCUUGAGAAUGGUUUCACCUCGAGUGACUAAAAAUGGAUCUAUACUUUCUGCUGCUGCUAUUGCUCCCUUGGAUUUUAAAUCCACUGCAAUCAAGACUGAUCAAGUGCGUAAGCAAGUCAAUGUUUAUACAGCAAUUGUGGUGGAGUCGCCUGAAUUGAGAAAGAAUCAGUUUGCACGUGUUCAGGUCAUUGAGCUGGGUGGACUGCGAACCAUUUGUGAAAUGUUGGAUGAGGAUGGUGAGCUAACUCCUUUGGCUACGGUUAUUCAAUGCGUGGUUGAAAAAUGCGAUCCAAGCAUGGGUCGUCUGCAAUUGAAGCAAAUUUGA